GCUAUGUCUGUUGUCGGUAUACUUCAAGAUGAUACUGAUCCAAUGGUUAGUGUUUUGAAACUUGAGAAAGCACCUAUAGAAUCACAUGAAGAUAUUAGUGUUUUAGAACAACAAUUCAAGGAAUCAAAGAAUCCGUAG